ACGUGUACUGAACAAACGUGUACCAAACGAGCAAGAUGGGCCGAAUGGCCUCCUCUCGUUUGUAAACUUUCUUAUGUUCUUAUGUUCUUAUGGUAUCUUAGAUGUGCAAACCGUCCGGUUUGGAGAUCACUUUGAAGCGCACAUCAUCACCACAGAAAGGCUGCAGAGAAGACAGUAUCUGUAUGAGAUCACUGAACACCAUUCUGUACAAGGCAAUCACAGACCUGAUGAACACUUAUGAAGUUAGUCCAGAGCUUUAUGACCUCCCCGUUGAAAUUUCAAAGGCAAGUCAAAUAUACAGUAUAUGUUUGAUGUGUUUCAUAUUUGGGGUAGUUGUACUGGAAGUAUUCAGCUGUACGGUUUAUAAUUGUUGUAACCGUUUCUUUUUUAAGGUUGAAAAAUUGCUGGAGGCUGCUGAUUUUGGGCCACAAGAGAACACAGGAGAUUCUGUGCCAAUCGUGAAUGAUAGGAGAGAAACUUCAACCUCAUCAAACCUGUUUGGAAUCGACCAUGAAGCACUGAACAGACAAAUCAUGGAGCACAAGAAGAGAUUCACAGAAAAGCUCACAGAGCCUGUAGACGCCAGCUUAACAGAGCAGCAACAGGAGUAGAUGAGGAAAAAGAACAUAAAGAAAAAGAAAGCAAAGUACAAGUUUGAUGAUGAUAUCACCCCUGAGACAUACCUGCUGGAGAAAUACAAUCAAGACAAAUAUAGUGAAGAGAGGGAUGAGCUAGAAGAAUCAGAGGUUAAAGAAAUGAUGGCACAGGAAGACCGACAAAACACAUAGUGCUUGAUCUGUACAAUGCAUGGACAUUUUCAAGCUGUUUUCUUCAUUAAACAAUGUAUGUAGCUAGAGCCGUAUAUCCUUACUGGUAUUCACCGGUUCUGUGUAAUGGUUACAAAAAAAUACAAUGUUUUUCUUUUUUCUAAAGAUUUGCUAUCACUUCACAACAAAAUAUUUUCCUAUAUCUUACCUGCUUUGCACUUCCAUCACUAUAUCGUUUUGAAAUGAACAUGUCAUAACAAACGUGUUUCCAUUUUAAAACAGGACAUUGGUACUACACUGAAUAAAAGAAAGUUUGCUCGGUUUGCUUGUCUAGCCUGCCAGGAGAUAUGUUACCCUUGCAAUCCAUAAUUCAGUUAAUCUCAGUAGUGUCUUUAGGGCCAGUCAGUAGAGGAAUCAGCUGCUUGGUUACUGACAGGAAGCCCUUAAGGCAAGGGUGUCAAACUUACAAACUUGUCAAACAGUGUCUUUUGGCUUUCAUUCCACCCGAGCUCUCAGUUACUUAAUUGGUCUUAUUAUUUGAUUAACUGGACACAUUUAAUACUUCU